AUGGCAGCCUCGCCGCCGCCGGCAAAGGCGCUCUCCGCCAGCGGAGACUCCCGCAUAUCCCUGUUCCUCGACACGGACCUCGGCACCCACCUCGCCCUGAACGUCGCCGCGGACUCCACCAUCCGCGGCCUCAAGUCGCAGGUGGCCACGGAGCACGCCGACACCUUCCCCGACCUCGGCCCCGUCGUCGUGAAGUCCUUUCAGGUGCGACGGAAGGGUGCAAUGUACCACCUCUCUGAUUCGAUGCAAGUGACGAGUGCAUUUGCCAAAGUUAAGGCUGGGUACUUUCUACAUGUCAAGAUGGUAGCAGCGGAGACGGACACACGCCACUCUAGAGACGAGGACAGAGGGAAACCAAGUGAUAAGCUUCCCCCGAUGCUGAAAGGUGGUGAAGAUGCUGGAGCGUGGGUUACUGUUCAUGCACAUGAUGCCCAUCCAUCAUCCUCGUUACAACAGAAUACUGAAAGAAAGAGCACAGCAUUUUUCCUGGCGACUGAUGUACAAACAGUUCCUGUUCCAGUUAUUGAAAAAUCAGAGAGCUACAAGCAAGGGCAAAAACAUAGUGAUCAAACUGAAGGGGUUUAUGUUAAUUCAACAUCUGUGUCAAACAUCAAUGUAUUGACAAAUCAAAGUAAUGUGACCCUGGCUGGAAAGGAGGUACACGCAAGAGAGGAAGACCUUCUGCAUAGUGUUGGAGACCGUGAACUAGGUUUUGUUUCCAGCAACAAGCAAAUGGGAAUGAAGGAGGACAUGUCGGCAGACCUUCAUGCAUUGGAUGAUCUCUCUCAGGAAAAGGAUUGCAAAAAGGCUAGAGUAACUGGUUCUUUUGACACGUCAGCUAUAGAUCCUACUAGAGAAACUAAUGACUCUAAAACCACAGAUGUGGAGAACUUUGAUAAGCUUCUGCUGGAAACUGUCACUACUUCUUGUGAGGUUCUUUCAAACACUUCUCUUCAGCAGCAAGUGGAUGGAAACCUAAAAGAGGAUUCAAUCCAACUAGAAAUUCCAAGCCUUACGGGAAAGAAUAAGAAAAUGAAAAAAAAAUCUAAAGAUGUUUCUGCUCCAAAAAUGAUAGAAUCAUCAACUGGAGCAGUGGAGGUACCAAAAGCCACGGGUGAAGAUCUGCUUCAGGAAAACAAAGGGCUAGAAGGUGAUGGUGCAUCUGAAGUCGAAAUGACUUGCAGAGACAAAACAAAGGUCAUACCACCUGGCAUGCUUCUUUUGCCAUCACAACUAAAUGGUGUAAGCCAAGUGACCAAGCAUGUUCAAUUGGGGACUGAUGCUCAGGCAACUUGUGAUCUAGCUGCUGACCAAAGUAAUAUCUAUCUUGUACAUGAAGGAUAUAGAAAUCCGAUCGGUAGAGACCUCGGUAUUUCCACAUGCAAAGUUGUAGAUGGUGAAGAAAAAUCUGCUAAAGGAACCAAUGAUGGGGAUCAUGAUGAAAGUGCAGUUGACUUAGGCAACACGGAGAAAGGCAGCAAAAGGGGGAAUGUCUUGGAGACACUAGAUAAUAUUUCUCAAGAGGAAAACUGCAAGCAAUCAAAGAAGGUUACCUCUGUUGGCCUAACUUCCAUGGAUACUGAUGAAGCCAAAAACCAGUGUGGGUAUGACAAGAAAGCAGGCAAAUCAGAUAUUAUUCCUACUCAGCAGGAGAUUGUAAAUGACCCUUCUAAGCGACAGAUUGCAAGCAAUGUGCAACAAGGGAUAGAAAAUCCAAAUGGUGAUGUAAAGCGGAAAAAAAGGAGAAGACAACACCCGGAGUCUUCAAAGGAUGAUCCUACUCGAGAGGCGGCAAAAUCAUCUGGAUUCAUUAUGAAUGCAAGCUCAACACAGAACACUAGUUCCUGCUGCCUAGAUGCAAAUCAAAUAACACUAGGCAAUAUAGGAGAAGAAACAGCUGAUGAAAAAGAUCAGUGCUUGCGGGAGAAGGUGACUGAACUGGUUGUUUGUACUCAGGAGGUGAGUGUAAAUGACCCAAGCAAUGUGCAGCAAGGGGAUUCUGAUGUAAAAAAGAAUCCAAAUGGUGAUGGUAAGCGAAAGAAGAAGAAAAAACGCUGCUUGGGGUCUUCAAUGGAUGAUCCUACUCAAGAUGUGACAAAAUCAUCUGGAUUGAUUACAAAUGGGAGCUCAAUACAGAAUAUAAGCGCUGACCCCCUAAAUGCAGAGCAAACAACACCAGGCAUGGCAGGGGAAGCAACAGAGAGUGAAUGCAGGAAGGUUGAUGAAACUGUGGAUUUAGCAACAACAAAUGUGAUUAAUGAGGUAUUGGCAGAUUUACAGAAGAAAAGCAAAAGGUCUUCAAAGGCCCAGGCUCCUAAAAUAGAGGAAGUUGAUCAUUCCGCACGUGGACAUGAGAAUCAGUUUGCAAACGAUAACCAGGACAAACAUGUAACUGACAUUGGUGUGACCAAUAAUAUCAAAAAUACGGCAGGAGCUCUAAGAGAAUCAUCUCUAGUUCAUAAACAUGACACAACUGUCACAUGUGGCAAGCCCAAUGCUCGAAAGGGAAGGAAGAAAUCUUCCAAGACUGAACUUCGGAGUCAGGAUACCAAUUUGGGACAUGGUUCUGAUGCAGAUUUCAUGAACUGCGGGGCUCGACAGGGAGCAAUUAUUCCUGAAGGUUUUUCUGAUGCUGUUGAACCAAAUGAUCAUGCAGCGGUUCGUCCUGGUAAUGAGAAAAUCAAUUUCAUUGACCACUUUAGCCCCAGUGUGAUGAAUGACCCAUCUGAUUAUGCACAGAACAACGAUGAAACUAUAAGGGAAGUAAAGGCCAAAAAGAAAAGCAAAAGAAAAGCAGAUACGCAUUAUCAACAUGCUGGUAGUACUGAACCUAAUGAUCUGCCAGAAUCUCUUGUUCAUACAUCUAAAACUAGCUUAGCUGAUCAUUUUGGAACUGGGAACGUGGGUGUGCCUUCUGUUUCAGCAGAAAAUGUGAACAGAGAAGAUGGUAAUGUCAAGAAAGCCAAGGGGAAAAACAAGAGCAAAGGAAAACCAGAUUUGAUCAAACCCGAGUCUCUAAAUCCUAAUGGCGAUGAUCAGGAUACUGGUAAUUGUACACAAGAUUUGAUGCAUUCUGAUGUGCAGGAGGGAAGAAUGGAGCAGUGCAAUGCAAAAGAGAACAAUGGUAAAGUUAUUCACAAUGACAGAAUGCUGCAACAGGAGACAGUAGAUGCCACGCAUGAUAGCACUCUUGAAAAGAAGGUUCCACAAAGCUUGUUUGGUGCUGAUGGUCAGACUGAUUUUCCCAUCGUGAAGGACCAUGCACCCAAGAGCAAAGAACAAAGGAACUCUACUUCUCAGACAAAGCGGCAUGCCAAGAGUAGAGAAGAUGAUCUGUCAAUUGAUGGGAGGACAAGUACAAAUCCUAAUUCUGCAAGCAACCUUGUUCAGAGCUUUUCCACGAGACCACAAGCAUUGAAUGAAAGUGCUAACGGCACACCAGCUAUUAAACGAGUUAGAGUAGCAGUUCGGAAAGUUCCAAGAAAAAUGUAUGAACAUGCGAAGGACAAAUCCAAAAAGGAUAGCAUUAAGAGAGGAACUGGCACAAUUUUUGGUGACGACAUAAGCGAAAGCUCUGAUGAAGUAUUGAACACCAUGAGUGCAAAGGCUGCCAUGAGAAACUCAUCAUCCACAUCUGCGGACUCAGGUAUUUCAUCUGCAGCCUUGUAUGAGAGCGACGUACCUGAUGAUGAUGGCAUUGCAUCAUUAUCACAGAAGAGUGACAUUCUCUCCGUCCUGCGAGGCUCCACUAGCUACAAGAAAGCGAGGCUGAAACCAACUGAGCUGUUUGACGACACAGAGGUGCCUGAUAGCCAGCCACCAAUCUGAAUGAAUGAACCUGAUGCUUAUAGAUGAUGCGAGCUUCAAGCAAUUUCCCAAAGCUUGCGCUGAAUUUUGUAGCUGAACUUAUCUGGCUGUCAUGUUAAAAAAUUAAAGCACAGACCUGCAGCUUUAUAGUUGCCUGUGGAGUUUUUGGUUGGCUAGUCAUGAAAAUUUCAUCAAU